UCAAUUUCUCUACAGAUACUAAUAGUCUGCAAUCUGUAGGACCACCAUCCAUAGUGAUACUGUUUUGAAGUUCCUUUUCAUUAAUUCAUUCAGUCAUCAAGUCUGCCGUCGUCGUCGAAGAGGACAGUUCUAGCCUAUUUCGUCAAGAUGCAAGCCUCAGUCAGGAACUUGUGCCCCAUGAUUAGGUGGUCUGUGAACAUAAGCAGGACCAUAACAUCUUCCUCAGUAGCAUUGAACAAGGCCAAUGAAAGCAAUCUAGAUCCUAUUCAGAAAUUGUACCUAGAGAAAGUAAGGGCAUAUGCAAAAAAAAGCAAAGCAAGUAGUGGUGCAAUGGUUGAUCCCAAUCCACAAAUUUUGAAGGAGAUUGAGCAGGAAACAAUAAAGUUGAACAGGUUAUAUGGUGGUGGUGAUAUGACUCAGUUCCCAGAAUUUCAAUUUAAUGAGAUAAAUUUUGAAGAGAAGUGAUUUUCUGUGUGUAGUGGGUCGAUGUCAGUGAUCAAGCAACAAGCUGAUUGAUGUGUUAAAAAUCAACAAGAAUUAGAAACAGUAUGCACAACUUCAUCAAAACCAAAUUUAAUCCUAGCUGCGAUCAGAACUCGAUUACAGAUCAACUUUAGCUGAGCCGCUUGUUUACUUUAUUUAGAUUUGAAGCUCAGAAUAACACAAUUCAUGAACUUCGUUUCUGAGAGUUUUUGUCUUGAUAUAAAUACAAGUGUUGCUAUUGUUUAUGUUUGCGAAAUGAAGAGUGAUUAAAGUAUAUCAAGUAUA